AUGAAGACAGCAUACGCACAUACGGCAGAAGAGUUUGAUCUGAUAUGCCAAGAGCAGGGUAUAGCUACGGGAGGUAUACUUAGCGCUGAUGAAGACUUGGAGAGCAAUCGGUCUCUAUCACAAUGGGGUAGAAUCGCUCGAGAUGGAUGCAAGCCUCACAGCUCGCUUAUAAGACAAGCUGGCAAGCUCCUUUCCGAUAGCCGGUGGUUCUCCAAGCAAAGCCGCUCAAUCAGUCAACAUCUUGGUCGGAAACUGCCGUCCACAUACACCCACAUGCACCCACAAGUCUAUCCAUCGAUAAAAAUCGGCCGCGGUGCUCCGCAUUGCCUUAUCUGA